UUUUUAUCAUUUGAAUUUAAGGGCUACUCCAUUCCUGGGAUCAGGAAAGUUCGCAGCUUUUUGAUGGAAAACCGUGAUUUAAUGGCGGCUUAAUCAUUAGGUUUAGCUCUCUCAAUAAAAAUCCAGUAAAUUUAAAAUUGUGAUUUGGGGAAUAAUGAUGGAAGGCUUAGCAAGCAGACUAGAGUUGCGAAAGGAGCUAGAGAGAGAACGUCGUCGUAUAAGGGACAGGCAAAGAAGGCAGUCUAUGAGCCUUGAGGAAAGAGAAAAGCAUCUGGCUAGACGCCGACGAAACUAUCAAUUGCGGAGACAGAGAGCUGAAACUGCUCGAUUAAAUCCUCCGCCACCUCCAAUUCAAUUGCCUUUGAGCAAUACCGUAACUUGUGUUUCAGAUGUUAGUCCUCAGUUUAAUGCUGUUUCUGCUCCUGUCCGAUCCAAUCAUGGACAACAAAGACUAAUGCUGGACACAAGAAGCUCCCAGAGUUUGGAAAUCCCCGCUCAUAAGCUAGCUAUUUUAACUGGAAAGGUACGCUUGAAUCGCAUCAAACAUCUGGCACGAGCAAUAAAUGAUCCUGUGGGCAAUGGGGUUGCAAUGGGUGAGAUGAUGGAGGAAAAUGGAACUUCCAAUUGUUUAAUAUCGAAAGGAUUGCGAUUAAAUCGUAUUAAACGCCUUGCUCGGGCACUAAAUCCUGCUGUGCAAGAGAAUAUUAGUCCAAGCCAUCAAAGCAUAACAGAAGGAUCAACUAAUGGUUGCUUUUAUGAUGCAAUUUAGUCAGUUCAGCAGGAGGAUCUUCUGAGAAGAAUAAUGACAAGUCUUUGCUAUUAUGUUUAGGAUGAACAUCUAUGUUAUACUGCUGAAGACAGACAGCCACUUUAAUUAGUCGCAUAUACAUUUUGAUUGGCUCCUCCCCAGAUUUUUUCAGUUGAAGAUUUAGUGCAGGGUGGAGAAAAAGGAUGAUUGCAAUAGGAGAGGAGCAUCAGAGAUGUAGACAACUUGGUGGAUAAGGGUCAGGGAUGUUUAGAAUAGAAUUGCAUGAUGAUGAGAAGAGGAUUUUGACCCUCUUUGCAAAUCCUACAAUUUAGAUUUUAUUUUUAAUUUUUUACUCUUCAUUUCUUAAUUGUGCACCCUCCUCAAUUCAUUGCAUCGUACAUUCAACUUAUGAAUCAUCAUGGAGCUUUGUUUGAGCAAAUCAAUAGUGUCUUGUGCCAAAGAAUUAGUAUAACUUUUCAUUCCCAUUGUUGACACUAAAUAAACAUAUUUUUGGUUAUGUUGAAGGAAAAAUGGCAUUCGAUAUUUUCAUUUCGGUUUCAAUUUCUCACAUUAUUAUCAAUUUACUUUUCCCUCGAAUUCCAAUUUUCUAGCGACCUCAUAGCCAUUAACGAUAUAGAUAUGCAAAGUCGCAAAGUUUGCACAACAUAAGCCGUCGGUCUUUUCAGUUGGGCCUGGACGGCCCAUCAAUAUAUUGUUAUGCAAACCCUAGCCUAGCAUCAAAAUUGGGCGGCGGCCACUACACAUUUAUAGCCAUCAGAUGCAAAUCCAACGGCACCUUUCGUCAUUACGUAUGCUAUAAAUUAACUCUAGAAUAGAGCUUUCACCGCCGACCUGGUAAAUUCCUAAGCUAAGAUUGUUUCUGAACACGUUAGCUUAGAUUUAUCUAGAUUUAUGUUCAUCUAUGUUGAAGGUAAAAAAAAACUAACUGGUUUGUUUUCAUGUUGAUCCAUCUCCAGUUAGAGUUUCAAAAUCUAGUCUUUCGUGAAUUUAAUUCCUUUAAUAUUAUUUGAUUUCUUUUUUUUUUUUUUUAGACUUUUGGUGUUUGAUCUAAUGUGACGGGGGAUUUGAAAUCCUCAUCUGUGAAGUGGGGCAAACCGGAUUUUGUUUGUAUAUCUCGAAGAAAACGUCACAUAAACGCUCGUUGACGUUGACGGUCCUCUCUCCUGGGAGCUCCUCCGUCGAUUGGCUGUCUCAUAUUCCAUCGCCUUGGGGAGCAGCUUCGCUGCUUUUACCUCCUGGGACUGGCCAUGAGACGUACAUUUAAUUCUAACCUUUGCUUUUUUAGAUUUUGUAAUUUCUCUAAACUUUGAUUUUCUUUGUACUGAUCCUAAUAAGAGUGUGACGGGGGAUCGAAAUCCCUUUCUGUUUUGGGGCAAACCAAUGAAUUAUGUUUGUAUAUUCCAAAGAUAACGUCAUAUAAAAAUGUACGGCGACGUUGAUGGUCCUCCUUCCGGGGAGCUCCUCCGUCGACGGCAGUCUCAUAUUCCAUUGCCUUGUGGAGCGGCGUUGCUGCUUUUACUUCUUGGGAUUGGCCAUGAGACUUACAUAGUUUUUCUUUUCUCUUUUUUUUUUGGCAUAUUAAUUUCAUAUUUAAGUUUGUUGAAUGCUCUAAAAAUGUGGCCGAUGAGGAAACCAUUUACAAAAUACCAUCUUUCGGGACUGAAUGGCUUCUUAAGCCUUGUUGUCAUUCUUUAAUUCUGAGGCCCUUUUAAAUCAUAAUGCUUUAGACUCUCUCCCUCUCUGUUUUUUUUUUUGUUUUUUCAUAAAAGAAAAUUGUUUCGCUUUUUCUUGCAGUUUAAAGUUUAGGCAAUAAGUACCUGUGUUUCAGCAUCUGAGCUGAGCGUACAGAGAUCUUCUCAGAAUCGUCUUCAAUUGCACGAUUGGGUGGUGCCAAUAUUUCCUUAGUAUAAACAAGGUUUUCUCACAUUGUACAGAGCUCACAUUCAGCCAGCAACUGGGUUUAACAACAAAAGCCUGCAAUUUGGUUUUGAUUUGCUGUAUGGCUUCCGUUCCAGAUUUUUAAAAGUUUUUCUUGAAUAUUAAUGUUUUUGUUUGAAAGUUGUGGCAAAGAAGCAAGUUCCCGGGGAUGACCAGAGAGAGCAUUGUGAACAAAAACAAUGUUAGUUGGCACUAAAAGGAUGUUUAUAGGAUGCUUAGCACACGCAGUCACUGAGAGUGACUUUUAGAGGUGCUUUGAUUUCAAUUACAGAUGUUGUUAUGCAUGAUCACAACACUUUGAUAUGUAUAGAUAUAGAUACAAGUUCAAAAGGGUGUUGUUGGCCCCCCAGGGAAGACAGAACGGGGAGGCGGAAAGCAAGAAAUCAAAGCCUUCAACUGCAACAUGUCGAACAUUUGAGUAUACGCACGACCAAACAAAACGGUGGAAGCUUGCUGACAUUCGAAUAUACAUACAUAAUAUCACCUAAUUUUUUUUU